AACCAGCCCGUGUUGUCGCUCACUUCCUCGACUGUAAUCUCUACUUCCUGGAGACGCGCUCGGGGAAAGAAAAAAAAGAAAGAAAAACCAGGUUGGACUUGGUCUGUUUUGAUCAGAGUUCCCGUUAACCUGUUGCUUACACACACACACACACACUCACGAACACGCACUUUAACGACAAAGGGCCCUUUGAUGUGAGGAAACCAUCUAUGAUGACGUCGACGGGAGAGCCCGCCUGAGGCGCAGAUACACCGCCACGUCAUUGAUCGGCGGAGGAGUCAGAAAAACACACACACGGAAUUUAGUCCCGAGUCCCCCGCCUUGGACCCCGUUUGUUCUGACAUUUUCUCCCCGAGAGAGGACGAGCCACUACGCGGUCAGGAUGACGGCGUCUAACUGGGGUUUCAUCAUGAACGUGGUGAACAGCAUCGUGGGAGUGAGCGUGCUCACCAUGCCCUUCUGCUUCAAACAGUGUGGGAUAGUGCUGGGAACUCUCCUGUUGUUUCUUCUGCUCGUGAUGACUCACAAGUCUUGCAUGUUCCUGGUCAACACAGCGAGUAGCACCAAAAGACGGACCUAUGCGGGAACUGGGUGAGUUUAAUAAUCUUUCCAUGCUUACGGGAAACCAGGAAAGACAGUGGUGGAGAUGAGUAUGAUCGGUUUGAUGUUGGGGACCUGUAUUGCCUUCUACGUUGUGAUAGCGGAUCUGGGCUCAAAUUUCUUCGCUCAGCUGUUGGGUUUACAGGUGACGGGCAUUUUCCGCAUGCUGCUGCUGUUCGCCGUGUCUCUGUUCAUCGUCCUCCCACUGAGUCUGCAGAGGAACCUGAUGUCCUCCAUCCAGUCCUUCUCCGCUAUGGCUCUCAUGUUCUACACCUUCUUCAUGUUCACGGUGGUGCUGUCCUCGUUCAAACAUGGGCUGCUCAGCGGCUGGUGGCUAGGGCAGGUCAAUGUGGUGCGCUGGGAGGGUGUGUUUCGCUGUCUCCCCAUCUGUGGGAUGGCCUUCGCCUGUCAGUCGCAGGUGCUGCCGACUUACGACAGCCUGGACGAGCCGUCCGUCAAACGCAUGAGCACCAUCUUCACCUCGAGCCUCAACGUGGUCACCGUCUUCUACAUCACGGUGGGUUUCUUUGGCUAUGUCAGUUUCACAGAGAACAUCGCCGGCAACGUGCUGAUGAACUUCCCGUCCAACCUGGUGACAGAGAUGAUCCGUGUGGGCUUCAUGAUGUCUGUGGCCGUAGGAUUCCCCAUGAUGAUCCUGCCCUGUCGCCAGGCCAUCAACACCAUGCUUUUUGAGCAGCAGCAGAAGGACGGGACGUUUGCUUCCGGGGGAUACAUCCCUCCUCUGCGCUUUAAGAUGAUCACCCUCUGCAUUGUAUUUGGCACCAUGUUGGGAGGCAUUCUCAUCCCCAAUGUGGAAACCAUUCUGGGUCUGACUGGAGCCACUAUGGGCAGCCUCAUCUGCUUCAUAUGCCCCGCGCUCAUCUACAAGAAGAUCCAGAAGAGCAGCAUCAUUUCUCAGCUGGUGCUUUUCGUGGGUCUGGGCAUCCUGCUGGUCAGCACCUUUACCACCCUCUCAAUUUCGGCCACAAGCCCCCGCACCAAGGUCCAAGCGCCUCCCCCUCCAGCACCAUUCAAGAACGACCUGCUUUUACCAGACCUUCCUGAACCGCACGAAAACCCUCCGAACAAGAAGCCGGUGGAGAUAAAGAAACCGGACCUUCCGGCUGUGGAGGCCGUACGACCAGUAGACAGGGACCCGCCUGAGCCCCCCCAGAUUAAAGGACCAGUGGAACUACCUGAGAGGAAGGAGGAAGAGGUGCAGUUGGACCGCCCUGGUGCUGGUGUCGCGGUGCCAGAGGACGAGGCCCAUCGUCAUGAACCACCCAUCCCUCAUGACGCGGUCAAGGUGGACAAAAGAAAGAACAACGCAGAGAUGGUCGAAGACAAGAAACAACCUGAGGAACCUAAAAAGAAUGAAGAGCAACAUUUAGGGCAAGCUGUGGUGGUGGUACAGGACAAAGAGGACAACAAGGUUGAAGAGAAGCCAAAGCCUGUAGUGGCUGUUGUGGGGAAAGAGGAGGUAGAUUUGGGUGGAGGUGAAGUCCGCUCUGGUGAACUGGUGGAGAAGCCCGGUGCACAGGCAGACAAAAAGCAGGACGUUCCCCGGCUAAAGGAAGUUGAGAAGCUCGAUCCGGUGAAAGAUCCUCUUGCGGGGAAUGUAGCUGAGGUGGGCAAAGCUCCAGAUGCUGCAGGGAAACCUCCACUUUCUGAAGGAGACGUGGCUCCGGCUGCAGACAGCAAAGACACAGCAGAUGAGAAAAUGGACGAAGGCCAGCUCGACCACGCAGUGCUACUGCAGGUCAUCAAGCAGCAGCAAGAGCAACAGAAGAGACUUCUUGACCAGCGAAAACUACUGGAUUUCAUAGAAGAGCAACACAAGGAAAUCCACCAGAAACAACCUGCAGGGGCUGCUGACGGUGAGGCAGAGAAAGGCCUUCAGGAGGAGAUGGACGAUGGAGCAGCAAAGCCCAAAGAGUCUGGCCUGAACUCAACCGCAAAGGAGCCCAAGGAGGCAGCUGGAGCUGGAGCUGUAGUUGGUGCUGGUGCUGUAGUUGGUGCUGGUGCUGUAGUUGGUGCUGGUGCUGUAGUUGGUGCUGGUGCUGUAGUUGGUGCUGCGGAGCCUCAGGCCGUGGACCAGAAUCAAGCACAGGCCAGGCACAAGGGUGCAGAGGUUGGGGGUCCAAAUGCAGCCGUUCAAGCAGCUUACAAGGAGGAUGACCAUGUUGCAGUUGGAGGAGAAUCCCGUAAGCAGAGUGAGCUAGGGGCUAGGGGAGUCCCGCUGGUAAAGACACGAUCUGAUAACCGUCAGCCAGUACCUCAAAAUGAUCAGGUAGCUCAACUUAAAGAGGAGGAAGUCGGCUUAGAUGAGGUAAAGAAGAAAAUUGAAAAUCUUAAAAAAGAACAGAUAGAGAAAGAAGUUCAGGCAAGAGUGGAAAAAGAACGGCGCGAUCGCGAGAUGAAGGAAACGCUGGCCAAAGAGCAGGAGCUGGAGGUGGAGAGAGCCGUAAAGGCUAAACUCUUAGAGGAAAAGGCUGCAGAAGAGAGACUUCAGCGGAAUACAGACAAUGAAAUACUUGAGAGAGCGAAGAAAGAGAAAAAGACCGAAGAGGCUCAGGAGAGGCUGGCCCAGCUGGGGCAAGCUAUAGAAGACAGACAGGCUGCACAGGGGGCUGAGAGAGAAGAUGGUGGAGCUUUGAAGAAAGGAGGACGAGACCUCAAAGAGAAAGCUGCUGCUGCUCAGGCGGACCCCGGAGAAGGUGUGCAAGACGAGGCCGUCAAAGCCGAUGCUCACCCCCAAGGCUCCCACGAGAAGAUUGGGGACCGGGGAGAGAUGGAUCUAAGACGGAGACGCAGAGCACUGGGACCGAGAGAAGCUGGAGGGCCCCCAGAGGAGACCGGGGAGUCCAGGGGGAUGCCGGGGCUGGAGCCCCUGCUGGAGCUGGGAGGCUCUGACCUGCACGUGGCCCUGGAGGAGCAGCUACUGGCUGGGGCAAUGGUGCACUCGCGGCAGAUUAAACAGGCCUCAGAGGGUGAGGGGGCGACAUAACACACAUUAGACACACACAUUCUCACUCAAUGAUUGGACAGCAAGUUCAACAAAUAAUGUACACCUGGAGAACACUUUGAAUACUGUGGACUAUUAUAUCGUUGCCUUACAUUCCUUCUUGCCUUCAGACAUGAUAUGGACAAAGAGGAACAGAUUCUCUUUCUCUAUACUGUGUACUCUGCAAACAACCCACACACUUUUAUUAAAGAGCAAAGUGCAUGUAAAUAUUAACUUAUUUUUGUCUCUGGGGAGGAGAAUUUGAAAGGGGUUCCUGUUUAAAAUUGUAUGUAAAUCUAUGCAAUACCUUUUCUUUAUACAGGGUGGAUAUAUUAAUGUUUGUGUAUUUGAGUCCCUUAUCACCAGCUUCCUGGAGUCUGCCUCUCUGUUCGUGCUUUAUUGUCUCCUAUGUGGAUUUUCUGUUAAGUUUGGUUAGUUUAGUAUUUAUCUUUUAUUUUGAGAUGUAUAUAUUAUAAUAUUUGGUAUGUUUAAAUUGUGAUCAAUGUUUAAGGUGUCUUUGAACAUACAAGUACCACAUGUUGGAUGUAAUGUGGGCGCCUUGGUCGGAGUUGUUUCACAAUACUUUCAAAUGAAAGUAACCGUAUUCAGCCUCAUGCUGGAGCUACGAGGUAUAUAUUGUUUGAUAAACUGGACAAAGAAUCAGCUGGAUCCAAGAAUCUAGUUAUCAAUCAUUCCUCCUUCACUAUAUAUUCCCUGUUCAUUAAUCAGUGCCUUCCAAUCCAUAUGCUGCGGUUAUAUCAAAACAAGAUGUCGCAUUUAUUUCCUCAAUUUGUGUUCUUUUUGCUUCUACUUUUACUGUAAAGAGUACAGUAGUUAUGAGAAUAUAAAAUAUGUACAUUGAGUUAAGGACAGUGGGUUUCUUUGUUAUCCAACCUUUCUGAAAAAGAGGCUAUUUUUCUGUGCAUUGUAUUUCUGUACAUUUUGCUAAUUAAAAAUGAAUAAAAAAGCAUCUCUAUUA